AUUUUAGGAUUUCAUAUAGUUAAGGAAAAUAUUUUUUGAAGGGCAGAAGUGGUUCUGUAUAACUCGAGAAAGCGGAUAAGCGCGUGCGUGCGGUACUAAUCAAGUACCACAUUCUUUUUUUUUUUUCUCCUCAUUUAGGGACAUACGGAAAACUGUGUAUAUUUUGUAUACUUUGGUGGACCACUUUAGAAUCCGGGGAUGUUUCGUAUUUGUUUAAUAUAUUUAAUAAUCAAUGUGUUUUAAUACUUUACAGUAAUAUUUUAUAUUUUCAGCUGUCCUGGCCUCCGUCCUGUUUGUCCCUCUGUACGGAAACACUGAUCGCGCGCUCCGCCGCCGAAAGAGGAGGAGCCGAACCGGAGGGAGGGGGAAGUGAGUGGCGGUCGCGCAGGACAGUCCGCAGGAGCCCGACCUCAACCGUGAAAACACAGCGAGCACGCGGAACAAAAGGACUGCGGACGCCGCCGCCGCCGCUGCCGCUGCACCGCUUGUCUUGAGCCCGAACACGGACGGACGGACGGAGUGUGAACUAGUCGUGUGUUUCGGAGGACGGUCCGCCGGUACCAGCGCGUGAGGCGGGCCCUUCGCCGGAAGGCGCGAGCGCUAGUAGAGAAGCGCAAGCCGAGCGAGCCGAGCGGGCGCGCGGAUACGCACGGCGGAGGGAUGAGCCAUGGCGUCGGUGCGGGUGGCGGUGCGGGUCCGGCCCAUCAACAGGCGAGAAAUUGAAUUAUCUGCCAAAGUCAUCAUCCACAUGGAAGGGAAUAAGACAUCUAUAACCAACAUAAGGAUUCCUGAAGGCAUCUCAGGAGACUCUUCGAGGGAGCGAGUCAAGACCUUCACGUAUGACUUCUCCUAUGAUUCCAGCGACAGCAGAAGCUCCACCUUUGCAUCUCAGGAAAAGGUCUUCAAAGACUUGGGCUCAGAUGUCCUCAAGGCUGCCUUUGAAGGCUACAAUGCUUGCAUUUUUGCCUAUGGCCAGACUGGCUCAGGAAAGUCCUACGCCAUGAUGGGAAACCCGGGCGAUGCUGGUCUCAUUCCCCGCAUCUGCGAGGGUCUCUUCAGCCGUAUCUCAGACAUGAGCCGAUGUGAUGAGGCUUCCUUCCGCACCGAGGUCAGCUAUCUGGAGAUCUACAAUGAGCGUGUACGGGAUUUGGUCAGGAGGAAAUCUAACAAGACCUUCAACCUGCGAGUCAGGGAGCAUCCCAAGGACGGGCCCUACGUGGAGGAUCUGUCCAAACACCUUGUGCAGAAUUACAGUGACGUGGAGGAGCUGAUGGAAGCCGGAAACCUGAACCGCACCACUGCCAGCACAGGCAUGAAUGAUGUCAGCAGUCGGUCCCACGCCAUCUUCACCAUAAACUUCACGCAGGCCAAAUUUGAUGCAGAGAUGCCCCGUGAGACGGUCAGUAAAAUCCACCUAGUAGACCUGGCAGGCAGCGAGCGGGCAGACUCUACAGGAGCCACCGGCGUUCGCCUCAAGGAGGGGGGAAAUAUCAACAAGUCCCUAGUGACACUGGGCAACGUCAUCUCUGCAUUGGCUGAUCUCUCACAGGAUGUGGGUGGGUCGCAGGUCAAGAAGAAGCAGGUUUUUGUGCCUUACAGAGACUCUGUGCUCACAUGGCUGUUGAAGGACAGCCUGGGUGGGAACUCCAAGACCAUCAUGAUUGCAACCAUCUCUCCUGCGGACGUCAACUAUGGCGAGACGCUGAGCACACUGCGCUAUGCCAACAGGGCCAAAAAUAUCAUCAACAAACCCACGAUCAACGAGGAUGGCAACGUGAAGCUGAUCCGCGAGCUACGUGCUGAGAUUGCCCGGCUCAAAGCCCUGCUGGCCCAGGGCAACCAGAUCGCGCUCCUGGACUCCCCCACAGCUCUCAGCAUGGAGGAAAAACUUCACCAGAAUGAGGCCAGAGUCAUAGAGCUGACCAAGGAAUGGACAAACAAGUGGAACGAAACACAGGACAUCCUCAAGGAGGAGACCCUCGCUUUGAGGAAGGAGGGGAUUGGAGUUGUUUUGGACUCGGAAUUACCCCAUUUAAUUGGAAUUGAUGAUGACCUUCUUAGCACAGGAAUUAUCCUCUAUCAUCUGAAGGAAGGAAGGACCUAUGUUGGUCGUGAUGAUGCCACUACAGAGCAGGACAUUGUUCUCCAUGGGCUGGACCUAGAAAGCGAGCACUGUGUGUUUGAGAACCUCAGUGGGACUGUGACCCUAAUUCCACUCAACGGUGCCCAGUGCUCGGUCAACGGCAUCCACGUGGUGGCACCCUGCCAGCUCAACCAAGGAGCAGUCAUCCUGUUGGGGAGGACCAACAUGUUCCGGUUCAACCACCCAUCAGAGGCUGCCAAGCUAAGGGAGAAGAGGAAGAGUGGGCUCCUCUCCUCCUUCAGCCUGUCCAUGACGGACCUCUCCAAGUCUUGCGAGAAUCUGUCAGCAGUCAUGCUGUAUAACCCAGGUCUCUUCGCUUUAAAGGGGCCCAUCUGUCUCAGGCUGGAGUUUGAAAGGCAGCAGAGAGAGGAACUUGAAAAGUUGGAGAAUAAAAGGCGCCUGAUCAAGGAGAUGGAGGAGAAGCAGAGGUAUGAGAAGGCUGAGCUGGAGCGCAUUCAGCAAGAGGUGGAGUCGCAGCGCAAGGAGUCGGAGCAGGUGCAGCUGCGCAUCCGCAGGCAGGAAGAGAGCCUGAAGCGCCGCAGCCAGGACAUCGAGAGCCGGCUGCGUGACCUGCUAGCCGAGAAGGAGCGGUUUGAGGAGGAGCGCCUGCGCGAGCAACAGGAGCUGGAGUUGCGUAGCCGGAGGCACGAGGAGGAGCGGCUCAGUUUCACGCAGGAGGAGCAGGAGCAUCUGCGCGAAGCCCAUCGCAAAGAGCGUGCCGAGAAAAUGGAGAUCUUCUGCGAGCUGGAGAAGCUGCGGCGGGAGCGAGACGAACAGGCCGUGCGGAUGGAGCUGGAGAAGAGGCGCCUCGAAGAGCAGGAGCGGGAGCAGCGCAACCUGGUGGCCCGCCUGGAGGAGCAGCUGCGCGAGAAGCAGGAGAGUGUGGGCCUGCUGCGGACGGAUGAUGUGCAGAGGGCGGAGCAGGAGCGCGCCGUGCUGCAGGGUAUUCGCGGGGCGCUGCUCAAAGCCAAGGAAGCACGGCCCGACGGUGACGAGGAGCACGCAGAGGUGCGCAGCGCCAAGGCCUCCUACGUGGACUUCAAGGUUGCUCAGCUAGAGCAGCUGAAAGGCCUGCAGGCCGGUCUGCUGCGGCAAAAGGAGCGGCUGGAGGCGGAUGUGCUUGGCGAGCGCAAGGCCCUGAACGCCAUCCUGCAUGCCCACGAGGAGCACCAGAGGCAGCUAAGGGAACUGCCGGAGCUGGGGUCGUCCAACGCCUCCCAGCUGGCCCAGGAAAAGGAACGCAUCUGGCAGGCAGAGCAGUGGCUUCGCUACAAGGAGCGGCAGCUGGAGCGCCUGACGCAGACACGGCUGCCCGCCGUGGCCGAGGAGCGUCAGCGAGUGGCUGAGCUCCUGGAACGUGGGCCACCAGGCCUGGACAACGCCCUGUACCAGGUGGAGAAGGAGAUUGAGGAGAAGGAGGAGCAGCUGUCACUAUACUGCGCCAGCGCCGACCAGCUGCAGCAGCUGCGGGAUACCUACGAGUUCACGGCCAACGUGGCACGCCAGGAGGAGAAGGUGCGGCGCAAGGAGAAGGAGAUCCUGGAGUCACGGGAGAAGCAGCAGCGUGAGGCCCUGGAGGAAGCGGUGGCGAGGCUUGAACGGCGGCACUCAGCCCUUCGCCGGAGCUCUGCCCUCGAGCUAGAGAUUGAAGAGCAGAGACGCAAGCUCUCAGGGCUGGGUACCCCACACACCAGCCUGGAGGCUGAGCACCAAGCGCUGGAGCAGGACAGAGAGAGGCUGGAGCAGGAGAUCCAGCAGCUCAAGCAGAGGAUCCGGGAGAGCGAGGGCGGCCACAGGAGCCGGCACUCCAGCGGGGAUGAGAAGCCAGUCCUCGGCAGCUCCCCAGUGAGCCCUGGCCACAGCCUGCCCGGCGUGCUGCCCAUCACAGAUGACAGGAUCAACGCAUACAUCGAAGAAGAGGUACAGAGGAGACUGCACAAGCUGAAUCUUCUUAACGGGGACCACAGCAUCGAGGUCCCGCUCUCCUCGGACACAGCAAAGACAGAGCAGCAGGAUGAGAAUCAGUCUGGCCCCACCGAUUCGCGAAAGAUGAAGUACGAGCAAAGAGCUGAGUCUGUGCUGCAGCCUAGCUUCCUGUUUGCCCCUGGAGCGGAGAGCGCUGUGGCCUUGGGCGGCGACAUGGGGCAGAGCGUUCGACAACAGGAGGCCCCGCGGUGCCUUAAUGAGCCCCACCGGUGGGGGGCCACACAUCAUGGCACGGAGCCAGGAGCUCAGAAGGGGACCGAAGUCCACGAGGAGGGUGCCGAUCUCCUGCUUCAUAAAUCAAGCGGGCAUGGGGCGGUAGCGGAGGUGUGCUGGGAUGGUCCCGCAGCCCAGGCCUACGGUGCUGAUGGAUCCAACUGUAAGGAUCUCCGUGCCUUGCGGGCUCCUGAUAACGAGAGCAGAGGCAUCACCAUGGACGACAGCGCACCCGCAGGGACCUUGUUAUGCGGCGUACCCUGCCUCCAGCUCGCCCGUCCUUCGGCCGAGGACACAACCACAGGCGGUGGGGAGCACCAGCGGGUCAAGGGGCGUUCCGAGCCGGAGGUGCAGGAAUGUAGCUCAUUCUGUGGUCCUGUGAGAAAUGCGGAGGGGGGCGUGGUCUCUCUGCACAGCCAGUUUGGUCCUGCUGUCGUCUCAAAGGGUCUGGGGACCAUCUCUGAGGUGCAGUUAUUGACCCGGGAACUGAAAGUGGGCUACUUUGGCUUGGGGUCCUUAGUGAGCAGGCUCUCGUGUGUGUACAGAGAUGCUCACCGGGUCCUCCGGCAGGUCAGAGACAGAGACUUCCAGCUGGCCAGCGGCUGGUACAACCACAUGUGUGCCGCUAUCAAGGAGUUGUCGUUCCCACAGCACAUUCAGCCUGAAAUGUCCUUUGAAGCGGAUGUCAGGGAGAGGGGAACCCACUUCUCAGAGGUGCCCACAGUCACCCAUCCCCUUAUAGAAGACUUUGUGGGAAAGCUCGGGUCAUCGUGCAGCUCUGUGGCCACGUACCAGAGGGACGGCGUCGAGGUGUUUUGCCAGCGUCUAGUGGAGUUCCCGCCGGGCCUCCAGAAGCUGCAGUCAUUGCCCCUGCGGGAGCUCCGGGCGUGUCUGUGCUCAGUGGUGCCUCCACACGUGUUUGUCGCUGAGCUCUUGCUCGCUGCUUUCUGGCUCAGGGUGGCCCGCUGCUCAGAACCAACCCCACAGCCUGCCCUGCUUGUUUUGUUUGAGUCUGUUUUGUAUGCAUUGACCUCAGACCCAGAACUCAGCAGUGAGCAGUUCUCCCUGGCUGUGCUCCACGAGCUGCCCUUGCAGCAGCUGAAGGAGAUCGACGUGGGAUUUGGCGGGCAGAGUGUCCGGCUCCUGGGCCCCACCGAGGGCUCCGUCCUGGCUGUGUACACCAAUAGUAAAGAGCUGAGCCAGGCUCUGUGCCGGAGCCUUGUGGAAGCGCUGUCCCCAGAUGCCGGUAACUCUGGCUACCUGGAGCACCCCCUUCUCCAAGAAGAUCUCCUGCAGCUUUCACUGGACUGGAAAGCGGAAAACCCCGAUCUCGUUCUGGAGGACGGGCGGCGCCUUGGCUGUCACUUCAAGAAGGUUUUGGCCGACCUCAUCUACUUUGUAUACGGCAGCAUGGGGAAGGAGCAGGCAUCCAUGGCCGACAUCCAGCUGUUGCUGUACACUGGAGUAAAGGUGGCUGUGACCCCCCAGUGGCAGCCACGCACCCUCUGCCAGUUCCUCCUCACGGAAACUCACAUGGGCCUGGUGGAGGAAGAUGCCCUCUUCCACCCGGUCCCACGCCACCUCGCCCUCGUGCCCCAGCAAGCCCACUUUCAGGGCAUGACGCUGCGGCGGCGUUCAGACAUUCGCUGCAUACUGGCGGCCAGCAGCAGCCCUUCAACUACCGUGGAGAUCGUCUUCACCACGAGUCACCCUGAGCUUGCUGUGGCAGCGGUCCCAUCUGUCCCGUGGAGCAAUUUAUCCUCCCACUCUGAAGUGUGGAAAUUAACUUUCAGCUCCACUGCUGAGACCGCCUUCCUGAUUAAUAACUUGUCAAACGUCUGAUCGAGGACUCGGCAGAUAAUAAUUAACGGCCGUGGCCAAAAAAUAAGAGACAGAUUAAAUUAAGAGAUGAAUGCUUCGUAAUUACUGCACAACAGAUUUGUUUGAAUUAAAGUUAUAUGAAUUUUGUACAUAUAUAGAAAAGUCAUUUUGCAUUUGUGUAUUUCCCAGUCUUCCUAAGCUGGUUGAAAUUUUCCUUAUUUCAUCGGCUAUUUUCCUUAAUAUUUCUGCCAGCAGUCGGCAGCGUUAGCGGAGAAAAUGUCAUUUUGUUGGGGCUUCGCUGCUGCUGUUCAGUUGUGGAUUUGGGCGCUUUUGAAUUUGCAAUCUUGUGCAAAGGAAGAAAUGAAGCAUUGGACAAAAUGAGCAAGUCCAGUGCAGUCUUUUUUUUUUUUUUUAAAUCAAAUUAGAAGCGCUCUGACGUUGCUGAAAUAGA